AUGACAACACAACAAUCAACAGGUUACAACGAAGUUGCAGUGAUCGAUAAAAAGUUUUGCCUUCCUAGAUCCAUUGAUCUAACUAUUUCCAAAAACAUUUGGAAGAUAGGUCAAGCAAAUUUUGUUGUAACAAAAUCCAAUGGAGAGAUAAUCUUCAAAAUCCAUGGAGCAAUCUUCAGCUUCAACACAACGAGGGUCAUGUAUGAUGCUGUAGGCAUGCCUAUUGUCACGCUUCGAAAAAAGACAUUCAAUUUAUUAUCCACAUGGCAAGUAUUUAGAGGUGAAGGAAAAGAUCAAAAAGACUUGAUUUUUAGUGUGAGGAGGUCUUCCUUUUUCCAAUUGAAAACUAAAUUAUCAGUGUUUGUAGCUGAAAAUAGCGAUGUUUGUGAUUACACGGUGCAAGCGGAUUGGUUUCAAAGAUUUUGCCAAGUUUAUUUCGGUGAUUCUACCAACACAAAAUUAGCCCAAGUGGACAAGAAUUUAUCGGUAGAUAGUUUAAUUACCGGUGGAGAUAGAUUUAAGGUGAAGGUGUACCCGAACGUUGAUUGUGCAUUCAUAGUCGCUCUUAUAGUCAUUCUUGAUGAGAUCACCUCACAGGCUAAAAGAAGCUCCAACAAUAAGGAAAAACGUUAG